GAGAAAAAGAAGAUGGCAGCUCCCUGCAGGAACAUUUGACAGGCAACGACUUAGGUCAAAGUUACAGCUUCAGUCUUGGAAAACUGAAUAAGAAGCAGAGCCAUGUUUCCAGAAACGGUUCAGUGUUUGAAACCGGCGGCUUCGCUGUUUUCUCAAACCGUUUUCUUGAAGGAACUGGGGCGGGUGUCGGCACAUGGAGGAGCCGGCCGCCUGCAGGCCCGGAGACACUUCGGUGUCAGCCGCUGUCUGACAGCCAAGAGUCCCCCUGCGCGUAAACCCAGGGAGAGGGUGGAGAUACCCGGACUGGAGAUGGUCACCUACGGGGAAAGGAUGCACUACGUGCCGGGGCUGGCUAAGCCCGUUUACCCCGCGUGGGAAAAGGACUACAAGGACCCGAGGUAUUACAGGUCUCCCGCGGCUCAGGACAUGCCGCUGCACAAAGACAAACCGUGCUAUGUGUACCACCAGAGGACCAGCGCCCUGGAAGGUGUGCGUCAGGCUCUGUGGUUGACUAAAACAAAGCUGAUCUCUGGCCUGCCCCCUCAGCUCCUCUCAUUGGCUGAGAAUCCUGCCAAUCAGAUACCAGACCAGGAUGAGCGCGUGAAGAAUGCCAUCAAACAUGCCCGCUUCUGGGACACAACGGAGCAACGACCAUGCAAAGAGAAAUACAGCAACACUCUGCUCACCAACCUGAUCCACCUGUGUGCGACUCUGCAGUCCAGCCACCCUGCGAUAGGAAGGCGGAUCUUUGCUGAGAAGUACUCUCUGGCAGCUACAUGGCGACGAGGUGAGGACCUGUUCCAGAUUAGAGGUCAUAAUGGUUCACUGCACACCUGCAUGGAUCCUCUCCCUGAGGUCUCUGGGAAACAGGAAGUUGCCGACACGGCAGAUCAAGUCCUGGAAACCUUCCACCCAGUGUCCCCCACCAUCGACCUGCAGAAGGUGAACGUGUACAGAGAGGAGGUGAACUGCACAGGUUUUAGGGGAGACUACCCUUACCCUCAUGCCCACACACUUUAUUUCCUGGAGGGAGCUGAUGCUCGCUGUAAGCUUCGCCCAGAACAGUUCAGAGCCAGCAUGGUCAUGUUCACCUUUGGAAACGCUCUGGCCCGCGCACGCAAACUCUACGGGACUGAGCCCCAGCGUGUGUUAGAUUGUCCUGUAACUGUACAGGCUGUGGGGACCAAUGGCCGAAUUUUCCAGUUCAUGGUUUUCCAGCUCAACACCACAGAUCUCUCAGGAGAUGACGGCAUCAAGAACCAGCUGUGGCUGGAUGAAGACGUGGACCUCUAUGACUUUGCCAAAGUCCGACCACUGAUCAAGAAGAAACAAGUCAAAGUACCAGCUGGUCUGGCGGGAUACAAGCCUGAAACAUUCAGAAAGUUCCUCGCCCUGUACCUGCAUGGAGCUGCAUAGGACCUGUCACCUCUUAAGUGUGUGUGCGUAUGUGCGUGCGUGUGUGUGUGUGUGGGGCUGAACACACUCUGAGCUGUCACCAAUAUCAAGUAUGUGUGUAUCUGGGAUCUAAACUGAUAUCUUACCAGAAAUCUCCUCCUUUCCUGGACAGUUUGAAGCAAAUGGAAGUACAACUUUUAGUCCUUUUCACACACUGGCUCCAGUGUUUGAGUUCAAGUCAAUAAAAAAACAUUCUAAGUA